AUGGCCCACAGGUUGGCUGCGGCCAAAGGCAGCGUCGAUGUCGAGGCUCUGUCUCCCAGAGAUGCCAAUGCCCAACGAUUGCCCAAAGCGGCCGAAAACAAAGUCAAGACCGCAGCGCAGCUUCGAGCUGCCAAGGACAAGGAGCAUCCUCCGCCGCCCCCUCCCGAAGUCUUCGAGCCACGUAGUUCCGAAUACCCUGACGGGGCGACGUAUCAAGUUGGCAAGUUAUUGGGAAAGGGGGGCUUCGCCCUUGCCUACAGCAGUCUACACGUGGCAACCAAGCAAAAGUAUGCCUUGAAGAUUGUGAAGAGCAAAAUGCCUCCCAAGAUGGAGCAAAAGGCAAGUGGUUGUUUGCCCGCACAUGAAGCCUUGCCGGGACAUUUUCAAACCGAGCUCCAAAUACACUCCAAAAUGAAGCACAAGAACAUCGUGCAAUUCUUCCGAGCUUUUCCCUUCAACAACUGCACAUAUCUUGUGCUGGAGCAGUGUAAUAACGGCUCACUCAUGGACAUGGUCAAGCGCCGCAAGGGACUCACCGAGCCCGAGGUCCGUUUCUACUCGGUUCAGAUUACUGGCGCAAUCAAGUACAUGCACGCCAAAGGCAUCAUUCACCGUGACUUGAAGAUGGGCAAUAUCUUCCUGGAUUCUCACAUGAAUGCCAAGAUUGGCGACUUUGGCUUGGCCGCCCUGGUGGUUACCGGCAGGGACAUGCAGACCAUUCGUCGAACCACACUUUGCGGGACCCCAAACUACAUUGCCCCUGAGAUUUUGGAAAAGGGGAAGAAAGGCCACGAUCACAUGGUCGAUAUCUGGAGCUUGGGGAUCAUCAUGUUCGCCAUGCUUACCUCAAAGCCCCCGUUCCAAUCUUCAACCACGGAUGAGAUUUAUCGCCGAGCCAGAGAGAGAGAUUACGAGUGGCCAACAGGCGAAUCGAACCAGAAAUUCAUAAGCCAGGAGGCCAAGGAUCUGGUUGCCACCAUGCUGGAGGACGCCGACCGCCGCCCCGAGCCAGAUGAUAUCAUACUGCACACAUUUUUCACCUCUGGCUACAUGCCCACCGACAUCGACAUGAGUUACCGACUCCGAGAAUUGCCGCCCGAGCGGGAGGAGUUUUAUGUCACCCGGAUGAGCAGCGCCAUGCAAAAUACUUCCCAUCGCAAUCUGAAACAAAUGUGCAUAGAGAGCGGGAUUGGCCCUUGGUCCGACGUAAACGUCAUUCACUCGCAAGUUUGGAAAGAAAUGGCCCAGGAAGAAAAGGCCGGCCUGACGCCAACGAUUCCUCUAGCUGACAAUUUGGUUUAUCGACCAUUUGACGACUGGCUCAAAGAGCACGUGCCUCAGCGAAGUAAACUUUCACAUUCCGUUGGACCUCACACCGCGCAGCCAGUCGCGGUUUCCGAAGAGCCGCACAACACCGCGCAAAAGGCUCCUCUAGGAUUGCCGAGACAGCCUCCUCAGAGUUUCGCUGCCCAGCAACGUGCACAAAACCGACCUGCUGCAACCUCCUCAACAGCCAAAUCGAAUCCUCCUGUGGACCCUGCCCUGACGGCCAGCCAAAGUAUACGAGGAGCAUCACGGCGAGAGGCCGUUCAAGGGGCGGCCUCGAAAGUAUCCUCGGGAGGCACGCUCAAGACGAUGCGAAGCUCGGCCCGCACAGUCUUGCCAGCAGCGCGGUCAGCUCCGAGCCUCCAAGUAGCCGAGCGAGCAGCUACUAUGACAUGUGCCCCCGCGCAACCACUUCAAAGAUCAAAUUCACAGUCAAUUCGGCCGACGACUCUCUUCGCCCCAUCCGAGAAGACUGCGGCAAUCGUGGGCUCAAAGCCCGACGUUGUUCUGGAACGAUUGAAAAAGUUACAAGCGGAACUAGAGCGAUCAUUGAAUUCCCGUACAAUGGCAGUCAUUUCCUCCAAAUCUGUCACACCUCCCCAUCCUCACGUGGUUGUCAAGUGGGUUGACUAUACCAACAAAUUUGGUCUUGGCUAUAUUUUGAACGACGGCAGUGUCGGUUGCGUACUCAGGGAUAUUCCCACAACAGAAGGCAGCAAAACAGCUAUGCUCCCUCCUGCCGGCGUUUUCAUACGAGGUGCUGAGAAACACAUUCUGCGUCGGGAAGAUGAAUCAUACUUUGACAGGAGCCAACCGGUUCCCAUGACAGAGGCAAUCAAGUUCUUUGAGAACAAUGGUGAGAGCGGCCUAUCUGAGGUGAAUGUUUCGCCCGAGCAGUUUAGGGUGUCCAUCAGCGAAGAUGGCACAGCUGGCAAGAUGAACCCUGGUAAGGAUGUCUACCAGCACCGCAAGCGCGAGAGAAUUAUUCUCUGGAAAAAGUUUGCCAACUACAUGAUUGCCUAUGGCCGAGACGAAAACCUUGGGGCUGAGGAGACGGAGGGGCAAGGCGUCAUGUCACCAGGGGCAAAAGGCACAACGGCAGAGCUGGUGACGUUUUACCAGAGAUUUGGAGACGUCGGUUGUUGGGUGUUCUGUGACGGACAUCUUCAGUUCAACUUCCCCGAUCACACCAAGAUCGUGCUUGAUGCUACCGGAACCUGGUGCCACUUCUGGCAUCUCCCACAAGACGCCGCCGAAAGACUAGCAUCGACAGGCACAAUCGGGGCAGCCGCUCUAGACGACCGCGCAACGCUCUCGUACCCUCUGCAGACCCUGCUCAACUUCCAGAUCAAGUCAUCUACCCGCUCGGCCAGCACUCGCAAACGACCUGAGAUUGACCCUGAGGUCCGAGGAAUUCCCGCCGCAAACGACUUCCGCCGCAAGAUUGAGUUCAUCAAGAAUGUGGUCAAGGAAUGGGUUGCCAACGGUGGCCUCGGAAACAGUUCCAUGAGCCGAGAGUCGCGCCUGCGAUGGACCGGUUUCAGAGAACUGGUCAACACAACGAUUCCUCAGAAACACGUCUGGGUGACGAUUGGCGCUCGCUGGGGCGACCGGCGCUUGUCAACGCUCGUCGACCCCCGGAAGCCCUGGGAAUUGGGCGAAGAAGACGCCGAGGGCCCCAGGAAGUAA